AUGGGCCUAUAUUCUGUAGGCCAGGAUGCUGCUCGAUGGUGGGCGGCUGUUCUGUCAACAGAAACGGGAACAACAGGAACGCUCAACGGCUGGCGAGCAUCCAUCCGAAACGACAAAGGCGCACUUCUUUGUUCGCCAUGGGCCAUCGCAGCCUCAUGCAACACGCCAUUCGUCGUCGUUUCGGCCGAGCAACAGCCAACUCGCUCUUGUACAACAGCGAGGACGACUAAUACGAGGACAACGACGACGACGACGCCCUCCCUGAGCACCCCUGCACCCGAAGCUUCCCUCGCCGCAGCACUUCUGAUUCCAAUCGCAAAACUCGACGGGGCAAGAAUCGAAUUACCGAGCCCGAAACCCCAGCGCGAUGGUACCCCGGCAGCAGCAGCUGCCGACGUCUCGCGAGCUGACGAGUGCAGGCUGAUGUACUUCGCACACGGACCGACACACGCCGUUCCGCCCCUCUUCCCGUUUGCCCCUUUCGGCCGUACCGCUCUGCAAGACGCAGACCUCGGCAUCCGUCAACACACGCAAUGUGCGGCCCUUCACCAUUUGGUCUAUGCCGGUUUCGCCUGGGAUUGCCAAGGAGGGGGCCGGAACGUCAAGCAAGGGGCCGGCGUCGAUGGCGACGCAGAUGACGCUCUUCUCGUUCCAUUCAAGACCUCGGAGCUGUCUCGUGUGGCCGAGUUGGAUGCCAUAGCCGUCGACUACAGCGGCUUGGACCGGGAGGACGGCGACGAGAUUUGCGAAAUGGUCACCAGAAACAUCCUCUGCUGGCUCCGGGGCGACGAUGGAUACCCGGUGGCGGAACGAGCACUCCGCCAGCACGACGACGAUGACGAUGGGCGCGGCUACGGAAGGGAAGACGCGCAGUCUCUUCGUGGGGACAGUCGACUAAGUAAAUGGCUACUCGGGGUUGCCACAGGCACAGGGAGAUGCAAUUCACUACAACGGUAUAGCCGGCCAACGGCGGGGGGAUCGAACGAGACAAAUCGAUCAAGUGUAUGGCGAUUGCACCUUGAUUGA